ACUUUCCUUGGAUUUAUGUGUGUGAUGCAUAAGCAUUCGGUUGGUGGGUUUGUGGUUGGACCGAGUAAAAAUCAAUCAACAAUUGCGUAUUGCAAUUUGGUCCUACGUUGUUCUGUUCCAUCCACGUGUAAAAUUAGGUCUAUGUUCCUUUUUCUCUUGCUAUGCUGACGCCGCCAUGUUCUAUUGUUGUUAUUGUUUUACCAAUUCUGGAAUUCUGUGGAGGACAUGGAUAAGAACCCCACGAAGCUGGAUUACUAUGAUGACAUGUGGAUGCUUCAAUCCACUGCCACACUCCUUUCUCACUUCAAGGGAGAUGAUGGAAGACAUGCUUUGAUAUUGGAUAGAACAAUUUUCUAUCCGCAAGGAGGUGGUCAGCCAGCAGACACUGGUUUCAUAUGCAUUGAAGGUUCAGACAUCAAGUUUGUGGUUCAUGAUGUUCGAUCAAAAGAUGGAAUUGUUUUUCACUAUGGUGACUUUGAGAAUCUGGGAGGGGAAGUUGAGCUCACACUCGAGAAAGGGAAGGAGGUUUCACUGUUUGUUGAUGAAUCCAGGAGGAAACUGAAUUCUAGGUUGCAUUCAGCUGGGCAUUUGCUUGAUAUUUGUCUGCCAAGAAUAGGAUUGGGUCACUUAGAGCCUGGCAAAGCUUACCAUUUUGCUGAUGGGCCUUGGGUUGAAUAUAAAGGUGUAAUUCCACAAAAUGAAAUUCAGAAUAAGCAGAAGGAUUUAGAGCUAGAGGCUAAUGCUUUAAUUUCCGUGGGAGGAAAAGUUUCUGCUGAUAUAUUAUUGUAUGAUGAAGCUGCUAAGCUCUGUGGUGGUUGUCUUCCUGAUUAUGUUCCCAAGGAAAGCACACCUCGCAUUGUGACGAUAGGAGGUAAUCCAGGCUGCCCCUGCGGUGGUACCCAUGUUGCUGAUAUCUCAGACAUCAUACAAAUUAAGGUUUCUCAAAUUCGCUCGAAGAAAGGACAGACAAAAGUCUAUUACAAUGUUGAAUCUUAGUCAUAUGUGGCCGAGUCUGCUGCCAAGUCAUUGCUAUUUGACCUCCAUGAUGAUGACUACUCUUGGAUAAGCUAUUUUGCUUGCUAAAUUUGUAUCCAUUGAUAUGAAUUUUGGAUUUUAUACCACAAGUGGCUGUCAUAUCUAGUCAUAGCCUCAAAGAAAGCUUUGUAUUUACAAUGAGUUUGAAAAGAACAAUUAUCCAAUAGUGUUAGCGAUUGAAGAAAACAACAGCAGCAGAUAGAACAAUAAUCCAAUUGAGUCUGGCUUCUUUUUUCCA